AUGUCAUUACAGAGGCGUCGGCAAUCAAGAAGCUCAUCCAGCCAAAGAUCUAGGAGUUCGCAAAGUGAUCAACGAGCUACUAUUACCACCGCGCAGUUCGAAGCCCUACAUAUUUCACCCCGUACUCCACCGCCGCCACCAAUCGCCGUUCGCCGCGCACCAGAGUACGUUCCAUCCAAUCUUAGCGAUUUCGAUGGAAAUUUACCAGUUGCCAUCAGUCAAGCACAGCGAGAGUGGUCGCCCCUCCAAAUGACGGCUAUUGUUGAUCCGAGCUUAGCAUCUCCGCGAUUCAAUGCUGCGCCUAACUCCGAAAAUAGAUAUUGCGCCCUUCCUUUGAGAUACACACAGUAUAACACAGAACAUAUGAAGUGGGUUGAGUCAGCCAAACCAUUGUGUGGAUGA